GAGUGAGACACAAAUCAAGAAGCUCCAAAUUCCUCUAAACACGCUUUGUUUUAAUUUGCUCGUCUUCUCAGCCCUUAGGCUGUAGGUUUUUAUUUCUCUCUCAAAAAAAAAUGGGGGUAGAGAGAUUUGAGGUCAUUGCCCCAAAACCCGAGGGCACUAUCCCAGACGAGUUCAUUAGGUCAGAGAAUGAGCAACCAGGGAUCACGACCGUUCGUGGUAAGGUCCUUGAGGUCCCAACCAUUGAUUUUAGUGACCCUGAUGAGCAAAAGCUCAUCCGUCAGAUUGCUGAGGCCAGCAGCAACUGGGGCAUGUACCAGAUUGUGAACCAUGACAUCCCUAGUGAGGCCAUAAGAAACUUGCAGGCUGUUGGGAAGGAGUUUUUUGAGCUUCCACAGAAAGAAAAGGAGGCUUAUGCUAAGCCUCUUGACUCUGACUCUAUCGAAGGCUAUGGGACAAAGCUUUUCAAGGAGGUUUCUGAAGGCAACGUUACCAAAAAAGGUUGGGUGGACCAUAUGUUCAAUAAGAUCUGGCCUCCCUCUGUCAUUAAUUACCAGUUCUGGCCUAAGAACCCGCCUUCUUACAGGGAAGCUAAUGAGGAGUAUGCUAAGCAUAUGCACAAAGUGGUGGAGAAGCUGCUCAGGCUCCUAUCUCUAGGGUUGGGGCUUCAAGGACAAGAGUUAAAGAAGGCUUCUGGUGGAGAUGACUUGAUUUACCUUCUCAAAAUUAAUUAUUACCCACCAUGUCCCCGCCCGGAUCUUGCUCUCGGCGUGGUGGCUCACACCGACAUGUCCAUCGUCACCAUUCUCGUCCCCAACGAUGUCCAGGGCCUCCAGGCCUGCAGAGAUGGCCGCUGGUACGACGUUAAGUACAUCCCUAAUGCCCUUGUCAUCCACAUUGGUGAUCAAAUGGAGAUAAUGAGCAAUGGAAAGUACAAGGGUGUGCUGCACAGAACCACAGUGAACAAAGACAAGACAAGAAUCUCAUGGCCAGUGUUCUUGGAGCCUCCGGCAGACCACGUAAUAGGGCCUCUCCCACAGCUUGUGAACCAGGAAAAUCCACCUAAAUACAAGACCAAGACGUACGGGGAGUAUGUUUAUUGUAGGCUCAACAAAAUUCCCCAAUAAACUAAAAAAUAAAGGACUCGGGUGUUUCACUGGUUUAUUUGGGUUCAGUGAUGUCGUUUUCAUUACUAGUUUAUGCAGUGUGGUAGUUUUUUUUUUUUGGCUUUUUGUUUUGGGGAAGUUGUAUGUGUUGGUGAGUACCAUGUUAAUCCAAAAUAAUGAUAUUAAUUAAUGGUGAUUGAGGGACUGCAAUGAGAUUUUGAUUUCC